UGCAAAUAUCAGAAGGGUAUCUCUUUUUAACCGUGUGUGGCUAGCUCGGCUUCACGUUGUUUUCUUUUUUGGCUCUUCCAAAACACUCUCUGCAUCUCAAAUUUCCCAAACUCAGUCUCUCUUGCUCUCCACACCUAUCUUAUUCUGAUAUUAUCAGCAUUUUUGUAAAGAAAGAAAAACCUGUCUCUUUUUGGGUUCCUGAAAUGCUGGCGUCUCAAUUGUGCUGUUAUAUUUUGUUGGGACAAGAGUUUAAGUCCAGAGUUUGAUUCUUUGGGCUGAAUGAGCUCCCAUGCCUUUACUAGAUAUUGCCACUGCUCAACCUUCCUUGCAAAGUCAUCUGGUUCCAUUGAGGGCUCAAACUCUUAUCCACGGCCAAUUUUUGUCAAAUCCAUGGAAAUCCUCCCAACUCCCUACAAGGCUAAAUUUUCAUGUGGGGCACCUGGAGACUCUGACUCAAGGUGGUAAACUCCAGAUUAGAGCCGUUGCUACCCUUGAACCCAAGUGCUCAGUUCCAAAAGAAGAUGGACGUAAUAAGUCACAGCUCGGCCGUGAUUCAAGUCCUUCGUCCACUCAGCUUGAAACUUGGAAGUCUGGAGACUCAGAUGAGGAACUGGACGAGAGAGAAAAGUUAAGACGGAUAAGGAUUUCUAAAGCAAAUAAGGGAAACACACCGUGGAACAAAGGCAGGAAGCACAGUGCCGAAACCCUUCAACGGAUAAGGGAGAGAACAAGGCUUGCAAUGCAGAAUCCUAAGGUCAAAAUGAAGUUGGUUAACCUUGGACAUGCUCAGAGCAAAGAGACAAGAGAAAAAAUUGGAAUUGGAGUGCGAAUGGGGUGGGAAAGGCGCCGUGAGAAGUUAAUGGUGCAGGAAAAUUGCCACUUUGAGUGGAUGAACUUGAUUGCAGAAGCUUCUAGAAAAGGCUAUUUCGGUGAGGAAGAGCUGCAGUGGGAUUCUUACAAGAUGCUAGAUGCACAGCUGACAAAGGAGUGGUUGGAAAGUGUCGAAGAAAGGAAAACGAUGCCUAGACCAAAAGGUAGCAAGAGAGCACCAAAAUCCCUUGAACAGAGAAGGAAAAUUGCAGCAGCCAUUGCAGCCAAAUGGGCUGAUCCCGAAUACCGUAAGAGAGUUUGCUCUGGCUUGGCAAAUUAUCAUGGCACACCAGCUGGGGCUGAAAGAAAAUCGAAGAGGAAGCCAAUGGGUGGUACACGGUCCAUGCAGAGCCCUUCAAAGAGGAAAGCUAGUGACACAAACAAUUCUUCUACUAGUGAGAAUAUAAGCCCAAUUGAGCGGUUAAGGUUUCAAAGAAGAAAUAAACCACUUUAUAAGGAUCCUAUGGCAAGUUCCAAACUUGAAAUGAUAAAGAACAUCAGAGCACAAAGAGCAGCAGAAGAAUCUAAGAAAACAGAAGCUGUUGAACGAGCAAGACUUUUAAUUGCUGAAGCUGAGAAGGCUGCGAAAGCCCUUGAGGUUGCUGCAGUGAAGAGCCCUGUUGCUCGAGCUUCCCUCAUUGAAACCAGAAAGCUUAUAGCAGAAGCAAUUCAAUCAAUUGAAUCCAUUGAGAGUGGACAGGUUACAUCUGAUGAGAAUGGUGGAUAUGUUUCUGUUGACUCAGCUGAACCAGUUAGCCAGGUUGAAAAGAAUAUGCAAAUCCAAUCUGAAAACAGCGGUUUGAACCAAGCAGAACAGAAAGAAGUAAAUGGCAAGCAAAACCUUUCAUUAAGUAAGAAUGAGGAGUUUAAUUUCCCUAACUAUGUGUUCCAGAGGAUAGUGAACGGUGACAAUGAUGAACUUACUUCUCCGAGCUCGAAUAAUUAUAGUUUAUCAACUCUCAACUUUGAAAGUUUAAUUAAGAAGUCUGAUUCAUCUAAACAUGUUGACCUGUUGGUAACAAAUGGGAUUAUCAAACAUGAGAGGAAUCCUCUACCAAAUGGAAUCAAAUUUAAGCUGAAGGAUGGUGACGUGCCCUCUAAACCAGUUAUUGUAACUAAGAAAUGGGUCCGUGGUAAGCUUGUUGAAGUAACUGAAGAAGCUUCAUAGAUAUCAUAAACUAGACAUAGAUAUUCAUCUGAUCUUCCUGAACAUACUGAGCAUAUGCUGCAAUGUGUUAUGUGCAAGAGUCCAACAAUCUUCAUGAAGGAGCUUGGGCACUGCCACUGACUUGUGGAAUUUUCCCUAUUAUCAGCUAUAUUUAAUAGUUGCAAUUGGCAGAAUCUUUUGAUAUUACUGCAGCACUUGAAGCACAGAUGUAUCUGUCAGUACUUUUUUUAAAAUUGUAAUGUUAGAUUAGUUCUUAAAUGAAAAAGUAUUACUUUCUUCGUGUA